AUGACGACGGCUUUUGAAGUGUACGCCUACGUCGUGAGCGCCGGUGUGUUUGGGCUGUUGUUCGCCGCGUACCUCUUCUACGAAGUGUCGAAGGUCCGCGUCACGCGCCGCGGCGACGGCUACGCACUGCUGGCGUCGGACGUGCGCCACCAGACGGCCGACCGGCUGUUUGAGAUUUACUGUGCCAUUCAAGAGGGCGCGCGCGCGUUUCUGCUGGCCGAGUACACGCUGUGCAUUGCGUUCCUCGUGGUCUUUGGCGGCGUUGUGCUCGUGCUCACGUCGUUGACGAACAAACAGGACGACGGCCCGCGCUUCGACUGGCUCUUUGGCACGCUCAAUGCCACCGCCUUUUGCGUCGGCGGGCUCACGUCCAUGGCCGCGGGCUACAUGGGCAUGAUGGUCGCGGUCUACGCGAACGCGCGCACCACUGUGUCGGCCAUGAAAGAGGGCGCGCGCGGCUGGCGCGAGGCGUUCAACACGGCGUUCCGCGCGGGCGCCGUCAUGGGCUUUGGCCUGAGUGCCAUGGCGCUGCUCGUGCUGUUUGUGCUGAUUAAGGUCUUUGAGACGCAGUACCCGCUGGCGACGCACUACAAGAAGCUGUUUGAAGCCAUCUCGGGCUACGGCCUCGGGGGGUCGUCGAUUGCAAUGUUUGGCCGCGUGGGCGGCGGCAUUUACACGAAAGCAGCCGACGUGGGCGCCGAUUUGGCCGGCAAAGUCGUUGAGAACAUCCCCGAAGACGACCCGCGGAAUCCCGCGACGAUUGCCGACAAUGUCGGCGACAAUGUCGGCGACGUGGCCGGUAUGGGGUCGGACCUCUUUGGGUCGCUGGCCGAAGCCACGUGCGCCUGUCUAGUGAUCUCCACGCAGAGUCCCGAGAUCAUUGCCGCUGGGUGGCCGGCCGUGCUGUUCCCAUUGGUGAUUACGGCCACGGGCAUUUUCGUGUCGGCGCUCGUGAGCUUUUUGGCCACGCACGUGUGGCCCGUGAAGAAGGAGAAGGACGUGGAGAGGGUCUUGAAGGUGCAGCUGUUUGCCUCGACGCUGCUCAUGACAGUGCUCGUGAUCCCCGUGGCCAUGUGGCUGCUGCCCUCGACGUUUUCCAUUGGCGGCGCGUACGCAGUGACUCCCAUUCGCGCGUUUUACUGCGUGGCAGUGGGUCUCUGGGGCGGCUGCAUUGUCGGCUUUGUCACGGAGUACUUUACCUCGCACAGCUACCAGCCCGUGCGCGAAGUGGCCCAGGCCUGCGAGACGGGCGCUGCUACCAACAUCAUUUACGGCCUCGCUCUUGGGUACAAGUCGGCGAUCAUCCCGAUCACGAUCAUCUCGCUUGCGGUGUACGUGGGCUUUUCGACGGCGGGCAUGUACGGCGUCGCGCUUGCUGCGCUUGGCUUCUUGGGGACGCUCGCCACGUGCCUGGCGAUUGACGUGUACGGUCCGAUUUGCGACAACGCCGGUGGCAUUGCCGAGAUGGCGGAGCUUCCGGCCGAGGUGCGCGACAAGACGGACGCUCUUGACGCUGCUGGCAACACGACUGCGGCGAUUGGCAAGGGGUUCGCCAUUGGGUCAGCUGCCUUGGUGUCCCUGGCUCUGUUUGGCGGCUUUGUGACCCGUAUCGAGGAGACGUCGAUUAACAUUCUGUCGCCGAUCACGUUCGCCGGACUGUUCAUGGGUGCGAUGCUGCCGUACUGGUUCACUGCGAUGACGAUGAAGUCGGUCGGUGUUGCCGCCAUGGAAAUGGUGAAGGAGGUGAAGCACCAGUUUGCCACCAUCCCUGGUCUCCUCGAGGGUCUACCCGGCCACGGUCCGCCCGACCACGCUCGAUGCAUCAAGAUCUCUACCGACGCUUCAUUGCGCGAGAUGAUCCCCCCGGGACUGCUCGUGAUGCUGUCCCCUAUCAUUGCCGGUACCUUUUUCGGUGUCCACGCCGUCUCGGGUCUGCUCGUUGGUAGUUUGACUUCGGGUGUGCAGCUUGCGAUCUCGCAGUCGAACACUGGCGGUGCGUGGGACAACGCGAAGAAGUUUGUGGAGAAGGGCUGUGUGUCGAUUGAGGACAAGGAGGGCAAGCUCAUUGUGCAGGGAAAAGGCAGUGCUAUCCACAAGGCUGCUGUCAUUGGCGACACUGUGGGGGACCCCCUGAAGGACACGUCUGGUCCAGCGCUCAACAUCUUGAUGAAGCUCAUGGCGAUCAUCUCGCUGGUGUUCGGCGACUUUUUCAAGAGUAUCAACGACGGCCGUGGUCUGCUGAACGUUCCGACUGGAGCUGUGGCGGAGGCUGUGGCUGCUGCUCCCGUUGCGGUUGUCGCAGCUCCUCCGAUGUAA